UUUACCUCAGUAAUAGCAUGUUAUACGGAAUGACACUUGGGGCGGUGCUUUCCUGCUUAUAGUUUUCUUCACUGACAUUUUAAAUACUAUGUUUAGCUGCACUGGACUACUAGUCUACUGUUCCAAAUGCUCCUGUGGGAAAUUAUUUGUUUCUUUUGUCAAAUUAUGUAAAAAAACUUGCAAACUUAAAGAAACCAGGGUGACAGAAUGUAAUGGUGACCUAUUUUGCUCUGUACACUCCUACGACUGUUAAUUUACUGCUAGUAAACCUCUCUAAGUUUUAGAAACAAAUAACCCAUAGAAUCACAGAAUGGCUUCUAUUGGAAGGGACCACAAAGCCCACCCAGUUGCACACCCCUGCAGUGAGCAGCGACAGCUUCAACAGACCAGGUUGCUCACAUCCUUGUCCAACCUGACCUAGAAUGUUUCCAAGGAUAGGGCUUCUACCACCACUCUGGACAACCUGUGCCAGUGUUUUGCCAUCCUUCGCAUAAAAAAAUUCUUCUUAAAAUCCAGUCUAAAUCUCCCCUCUUUCAGUUUAAAACCAUUCUCCCUUGUCUUAAGGCAACAGGCUCUGCUAAGACGUUUUUCCCAUCUUUCUUUUAAGCUCCCUUUCAGUACUGGAAGCUGCUCUAAGGUUUUUAUGGAACCUUCUCUUCUCCAGGCUGAAGAACCCAAACUCCCUCAGUCUCUUUUCAUGGCAGAGGCAUUCCAGGCUUUGAUAAUUUGAUUUAGACUAGACAUAGGGAAGAAUUUCUUCACCACGAGAGUGGGGAGGCCCAGGUUGCCCAGGGGCUGCGGCUGCCCCAUCCCUGGAGGGGUUCCAGGCCAGGCUGGAUGGGCCUUGGGCAGCCUGAGCCAGUGGGAGGUGUCCCUGCCCGUGUUAGGGGGAUUGGAACUGGAUGAUCUUUAAGGUCCCUUCCAACCCAAACUAUUCUAUGAUUCUAACAAAAAGACAGGGGAAAAGGACAUUCGCGCCAAUGCCAGCGCAUUGGACUCUGGACUCACUCCCCCAGCUCCGUGUCCCUCCCGAGGCUCCAGAAGUUCCAGGAUGGAACAAUGCUGAGCCAGAAGUGACUAUCGCACUUGGACGGCUCAAAGGGAGACAGACACAUGUGAAGGGGACAGACAGACUUGUAAAUGCUUUCCUUGGGAUUCCUUUUGCAAAACCACCUCUUGGACCCUUGAGGUUUUCCCCACCUGAACCACCUGAACCCUGGAAUGAUCUGAGAGAUGCAACUUCUUACCCACCGAUAUGCCCUCAAGAUCUGUCCCUGUUGAAAACAGCUGAAAGAAACUUUAAAGAAAAACACCUUUCAUUCCGCACUUCUGAAGACUGUUUGUAUCUAAAUGUUUACAGCCCUGCUGGUUCAGACAAAAAGGACAAGCUACCGGUGAUGGUGUGGAUCCAUGGAGGCAAUUUUAUAUUUGGUGGUGCUUCUAGGUAUGAUGGUUCUGCACUAUCAGCCUACGAGAACAUUGUGGUAGUAAUAAUUCAGUACAGACUUGGACUCCUUGGAUUCUUCAAUACUGGUGAUGAACACGCUCGUGGGAACUGGGCAUUUUUGGACCAAAUAGCAGCUCUUCGGUGGAUCCAAGAGAACAUUGAACACUUUGGCGGCGAUCCAGGAUCUGUUACUCUCUUUGGCAUAUCUGCAGGAUCUUGCUGUGUUUUUGCACAUGUUUUAUCUCCUCUGUCUAAGGGUCUCUUUCAUAGAGCAAUAUCAGAGAGUGGAAUUCUAAUCCCCCCUGAUAAAGAUUUACAUCUUUCAACAGACCUUAAGAAAAUUGCAAGUGUGUUUAAGUGUGAGGCAAGCAGUUCGCUCUCCCUGAUAAACUGCCUAAGGAAGCAGGAAGCAAACGACAUUGUCUUUAACAGUAGGGGAAUCCCAUUUCUACCCUUAGUUUUGGAUGGAGUAUUUCUUCCUAAGACACCUGAAGAGAUACUGUCGGGAAAAGAAUUCAACACAGUCCCGCUUAUGAUAGGAGUCACCAACAAUGAGUUUGGCUGGAAUAUUCGAUCUACAUCACAAAUACCAGGUUUGAAGGAAGUGGGAGAUAGAAAAUCGAUCAUUUCAACUGUAGAGAUUUUUCUGCCGAUGAUAGAUGUACCGCCAGAGUUUCUGCCUAUGAUAGUGGAUGAAUAUCUAGGAGACACAGAUGAUCCUGCUGAGCUACGGGAUCGAUUUUUGGACUUGCUUGGCGAUGUAGCAAUUGUGAUGCCAUCCAUUAAAGCACUGAAUUAUCACAGGGAGUCUGGAGCUCCUGCCUACUUCUUUGAGUUUCAGCAUCGGCCCACUUCAUACUGGGAUAGUAAACCAGAGUAUGUGAAAGCUGAUCAUGGAGAUGAAGUUGGCUUUGUCUUUGGAGGACCAUAUCUGGCCGGUGAUAUUCAGCUACGUAGUGAAGUUACAGAGGAAGAAAAGAACCUUAGUAGAACUCUGAUGAAGUACUGGGCUAACUUUGCUCGAAAUGGAAAUCCCAAUGGGGAAGGUUUGGUUGACUGGCCUUCUUAUAACCAAAAUGAAGAAUACUUACAGAUAAACCUCAAACAGAAGAAAGCCAGGAAGUUGAAAGAAAAGAAGGUAGACUUCUGGAGAAAGCUGAUGUUUGAAAAGGCAAAUAAGAAAAGAACGGAAACCAAGAAGGUUAAUUUAGAGUUAUAAUUUACCGUCUAAACAUGCACACAAUAGACAAACCCUUAGGAUAGUAAAAGAAAUUGAAAAGACUUUGAGGAUAAAAUAAGGUUUCCCUUCUUUUCACCUUUUUGUCACGAUUAUCAUACUUGCAAUUAGGCACUGUAAUAAUUCCAACUGAUCUCUUUUUCCUUUGUGAUCCUUUACAUCUUCAUGGGUUCAUGUCUGCAACAGAAGCCUCACUUAUUGAUUAUAGGUACCAGAUUUCCCCACUGCUCAGGUCAGAAUAUAGCAGCAAACAUUGUUUUAAUACUGUGAAAUAAAUAAAGUCUCCAUCUGGAAGUAAAACUGCCUU